CAACAAUCUUCAGUACGAACCGGAACGCUCUGCUGUGGGCACUACGUCGCGCUCAACUAUUUUUAUACUUCUUCGUUUUCCACACUUUUCAUUAAAUAAAAUAUACAAUAUCAUUGAUAAAACCCAAAUGACCAGUGCCGGUGUUAGAUACGACGAUUGUAUUAUUAUAUGACAUUUGAACAUCAUGGAUUAAAAUAAAAAAAAAAAUACACAUUAAUGUGCUAUGAUAUAUUGGUAGUAAAAAUAAUUUUUUUUUGAGGCAAACAUCGAAUAAUUUAAUAAAUUGUGUAAAGUGCAAUGAAGCCUUGAAUUGACUCUACUGGAAGGUAUGUCUUCAGCCAGCGUGACGGUCCGUUGGACUGUCACUGGGCUACUGUUAUUUUUUGUUCUACAUGCGACUUUAACAACAUGUAUUGCUACGGGAAUUCGGCACGGGCGAUCGAGAAGUUCAAGAAAUCUUAAAGUUAACACCCAAAUGCCUCCUAAACGAGCAACUAGCAUUGAACUUCAAGAUAAUGAUAUAGUUAACAGGUUAUUGCGAAUCGUAGAAUCACAACAACAACUGGGCAAUAACUGUACAGCGGGUACUCAUUUAAAUUUAGGCGAAGGCGUCGUUGAUAGAUAUGCGCAGGAAAGGUUCAGAGUUGAAGCUGACGUCGCUGUAAAUAGGGCAAAUAUGUUGACCAGGCUGUGGAAGUACGCGGGUCAUGAAGUAAUGAAUUCUGAAUAUCUGCUACAUGCCGGAGUUAUAUCAAUGGUUGAAUUCGACGAUGACAUAUUUGCUGCUGGCAAUUGUUACGAUCAAAACCAAUACAAAGACUAUCAGUUGUUUUGUCCUUAUGCAUACAGACUGCCUAAAGAAGAAGGCAUACUGGCAAAAGAUCUGGCUGUUGAGUAUAAAUACUUGACUAACACCAGUGAAUGGUUUUAUAUCGCCCGAAAAACAGCGGAGUCGGUGAUUAAUCGAAAUAGUCAAUAUAAGCACGCAAUAAAUACUUACACGUGGAAUCAGACAAGUCACACGAAAAGUUUCUCAGAUGAUAUACUCGCAGUAACUUAUGAAGAUGGUAAAUGGAGUAAGCCUUAUUAUGAUUGUGGAGGUGGAAAUAUAUGGAUGCUCACAUACACAGUUCCUUUUUUCGAUUUUAAAAACGGAAGAUACUUUUUUAAAGGCACGAGUGGCAUUGAUAUAGAUUUAAGAAGAGUGGAUAUCGAUCAAUGUAGUUUACCUGAAAGAAGUACAAAAUUAAAUAUAUUUGCUUCAUCAAAUAAAUGUAAAAAUGAAACAACACAAUGUGUCUCGUUGGCUGGCUUUGGAUUUCGUCGUGGAAGUUAUAAAUGUGUAUGUCGUAAAGGAUAUUAUUUCCCAGACAUAACUACCAAACAAAAAUACUUUAAUGGUGUACUACUCGAAGAAGAAUAUGAAAAACUCACAUUGAGCAAACCAAGUUCUUACAAUAUUAAGGGCAAUUUUGAAUGUAAGAAAUGUGCAGAGGGAUGUGAUGAUUGUGUUGAUUUCAGUCCAUGUAUUGCUACAUACGAUAUAAUACUUCGUAUCACUGUAUUAUUAUUGACUUUGCUAGUUAUUGGAUUUUUACCAAUGGUUGCAAUUUUUACUUACAAAUAUAAUGAUCUUAAGAUUGUUAAAGCUGCCAGUCCCGUUUUAUUGCAAAUAAUAAUACUUGGGGCAUUUUUUAUUUAUACUACGAUUAUUGUUAUGUACCCGAAACCAAAUAUAAUAACAUGUACGGCAAGAUAUUGGCUGAGAGAAAUCGGAUUUUCUUUAACUUACGGAGCAUUAAUGCUAAAAACUUGGAGGGUAUCUCAAGUUUUUAAAGUAAACUCAGCUAAGACUGUUCGUAUUACAGACAAACAAUUAAUUAAACUUCUAGUUUUAAUGGUGACAUUUGUUACUGUGAUACUAUUCAUUAGGACUAUGGUGUCUCCUCCUCAAACAAUAAUUGGUCGAACAGCUGAUAAUUUGAAAACAGACAUAUGUCCUACUGAUUGGUGGGAUCACUCGUUUUCUAUGUUGGAAGUGGUUUUCUUAAUUUGGGGUAUUCGUUUAUGUGUAAUGGUCCGGAAAACACCAUCAGCAUUCAAUGAAAGUCGAUUUAUAUCAAUAGCUAUUUACAAUGAGUUUAUAAUGUCUGUUUUUCUUAAUGUAUCUAUGAUAUUUUUAAAGUAUCCAGCGAAUCCAGACUUACAGUACGUGAUUUUUUUCUGUCAUGCUCAACUAACUGUAACAGUAUUACUUGGUCUCCUAUUUGGAAGCAAGGCAUUGAUUAUUUAUAAAGGCGAACAUCGAACUGAUGAAGCAUCUUCUAAUAAAAUACUUGCUCCUAAUUCUAAAUUGAAAUUGAACAGUUCAAAACAAAAAUCAAUAGAACCUUCUUAUGAAAGUAUUAGUGAUAAGGAUAAUACAGAAAUUCAAGAAUUGCAGAAUCUCAAAGAAUCAAUUGAAAACUUAAUGGUAGAAUUUGCAAAGUGUGGACCUGCUUUUACAGGACAUAUAAUAAAAUUGCAAGCUAUGUUGAGUGUAUUAAACAACUCCUGUGGAAAUAAUGAUCCACAAAAUAGAUCUAUAAUAAAUAAUGGUUGUAUUUUAAAAAUUAUGGGCAGUCAAAAAGAAGAGUCCAGUGCAUAAAAAAUGUAUAAAUUUAAAUUGUAAUAUAGAUAAAUUGCAAUUAAAAUACAAUACAUAUGAAAC